AUGGCAAAUUUCGAUGUGCAGAAUGUUUCCGAAUCACCACUCUUUUCAACCGUUUUCUUCACAGAUUAUCCAGCCUCCUUCACAAACAUUUCUAUUAAUCCUACUGAUGUUGUAGAUAGUUCUUCGACGGUGAAGAAUAUCAACGGAAUACUGUGGCCAAUCCUGUUCACCGCUAUGAUCAUUGUGGCGAACUCUCUUAGUCUUAUAGCAUUCAGCAUUGAGAAAAGACUUCGCACCUACAACAACUACUUUAUCAUAAACCUGGCCAUUCUGGACUUCUUCGACGGGUUGUUUCUGAUUCCACAGGUAGUUCAUACCCACGUCGGAUACUACCCUUUCUCACAUAAGGUGUGCAGGGUGAUGUCAGCAGUGCAGGCUGGGUUUCUGACCGCUUCGAACCUCGCCGUGGUCGUGAUCUGCGCCGACCGACAUCGUGCUACCUACGAUCCCAUCAACCAUUUCAUAUCACGAAGCAAGCGAAUGGCUGUCAUGAAGAAUCUUAUCCCGUGGGUGGUGUCCCUAGGGUUCUGGCUCCUCUACAUCACCACACCUGAAUUCAUCAUCAACUUUGACAAUGACCGCCAUUGCACCCACUGGUUUCGUGCCAGGCCGUUCGCCACCACAGUGACGUUCAUCGUUUACUUCUAUCUACCAUUCUGUUUGAUCGUCGUGCUCUACAUCAGAAUCGUCUUGAAGAUCCGGUCUUCGUUCGCGGGCAAGGAGAUUUCGAAACAGUUUGCGAUGACAAGACGGAAGGAAGGAAGCACCCCAUCACCUCGAAAUGAGAUGGCAUCAUCAUCAUGCAGCACAUUCACCACCAACACAAACUCGUCAUCAUCGGAGAGCCCUGGUAAUGAGUUGAAGAGGAAGGAUAUCAAUGACAUCCCAGUGAAUUCAAAAAAUAAUCAGCGUGAGGCGGCCACCGAGACGAGCAAGGCAACCAAAACACUUCUAUUGAUUGUGAUCGCAUUUGUGGUGUCAUGGCUGCCACAGAGUAUCAUGAUCCUCAUUUACUCUGUCGAACCCGUGCUUGUGAUUCACGGCCUACCAAGAUCAGUCCGGCUGUUCUUCGGAUGGAUGACGUAUCUCAACAGCCUUCUCAACCCUAUAUCGUAUGCCGUGUCGCAGCCGCUGUUCAAAUCGACCAUAAUGAAGAUGUUCUUGUUGAGGCGAAAGUAACGGAGGCGAAAGUAAUGGAGCGUUGUGGCCCAGUGGAUUAGUCUUCGGACUUUGAAACAGAGGGUCGUGGGUUCGAAUCCCAGCCAUGGCGUAAUUUCCUUCGGCAAGAAAUUUAUCCACAUUGUGCCGCACUCGACCCAGGUGAGGUGAAUGGGUACCCGUUAGGAAGAAAUUCCUCGAAUGCUCGAGCGCCCGAUCUAGGUAGCCGUGAUAAAGCCGGGGUAAUAAUAAGAGCCGGGCCCGCUGGGAGAACAGUUUUCGGAACUGAAGUGGCUACCCUGGGUAAAUAUGCCGUUGUAUUAUUAUUAUUAUUAGUAGUAGUAGUAGUAGUAGUAGUAGUAGUAAUAUGGUUUUGAAACCUACGAGUUAGGCAAAAUUCAAUGCCGUUCCUUUGACUUUUAAUGGAUGAAUGACUCAAACAAUAUUAAAAUAAUUCAGUCACCCCCUUCAUUC